AUGAAUAAAACUAUGUGUAAAAAGUUCCAGGAUGUAAGGAACGCGAUUUCCGAUGAAUUGGGUGAUAAUAAAAUGUAUCAAUUUAAAGAUAAUAAUUUUUUAAAUAAUUAUUGUGAUCAUGUUGAUUUUUCAAGUAGUUUUUGUAAUAAUAAUAAUAUUUCUCAAAAUGAUUUGGAUAAAAUAAGUGCUGGAUGUUUAUAUUUGUUGGAUGAAUUCAUUAAGGAAUGUGGUGUGGAUCCCUCUCUUGCAAAAAAUAACAUCGACAUUGUUGAUUACAUUUUGAUAUGGUUAAUUUAUAUGAUAAACCUGAAAUAUAGUGAAGAAUCAAACAUUAUAAUGUGUUUUUCUAGUGCAUACAUAUAUGAUUGUGAUAAGUAUACCAAGAAAAUAGAUGAAUUAACUAAUAAGAGUUAUAAGGAUGUUAUAGGUGAAAAAUGGUAUUUGUUGGAUAUGGAUAGUAAAAUUGUACCUAAAUUUUAUAAAGCAUUUAAAUCGUUAUGUGAAAUGUAUACUAAAUUUGAUGAAAAUAAGGAAGAUUGCACAAACUAUUCGGAAAAAGCUGAUAAAUUUGUUAAACAAUAUGAAGAACUUUACGAGGAUUAUAAUAAGACUAAAGAUAGUUCAUAUAAAAAAGUAUUGUGUACUUUAUCAACCGAUUAUGAUAAUUUAAUAAAGAAAUGUAAUGAUACUCAGUGUUGCAAAUCUUCACCCCUUCCAACGAUAGAAACAGAAAAAAUUCCUGAAAAUUGUUUUGAAGAAACUUCUGAAAAAACUAAUGUAACAGGAUAUGAAGAAUUUUCUGGAGAAUUUUCUGGAGAAUUUUCUGAGGUUACAUUAUCAGAAUUAUCACUAGUAAGUAAAUUAUUUAUAGUUUUAUCGAUAUUUGGUGCAAUAGCAAUUUUUUUAGGAAUUUCUUAUAAGUAUUCGUUAUUUGGAUUUCGGAAACGAUUUCAAAAACAAAAAUUAAGAGAAAAGCUAAAAAAUGUAAAGAAGAGAAUGAAUCAUUAA